AUGGGGCUUAUAAAUAGCCCCCAUUACCUCCUCACCACCUCACAAUUGCAAAACUCAAACACACAGAGAGAGAAGAUGGGUUUGAACAAGAAGAUGAUGAUGAAGGUGGGUCUGGUUCUGUUCCUGAUGGCCUUCACUGCAACUGUGGAGGCUCGCUUCGAUGCGAACACCUUCCUGGCUCAGAUGUUCAAGGAGAAUGGGGAGCCAAACUACUACCUGAAGUCGACCACCACGGCCUGCUGCGACAAGUGCAUCUGCACAAGGUCCAUCCCUCCUCAGUGCCAUUGCAACGACAUCGGAGAAAGUUGCCACUCUGCUUGUAAGACCUGUCUCUGCACUCGCUCCUAUCCUCCCCAGUGUCGCUGUGUUGACACCACCAACUUCUGCUAUCCUCCUUGCUGCUUUUCUGCUAAGCCUCAGAUUGCUGCAAAUUGAUUCUGAUCAGUUAAUGGUGUAAUGUUCUGUGAACAACAAAGCCAAUUAUAUGCUACUUUAUUAGGCUUUGCAUCUAUUUCUGUGUACAUGAAUGUGAACCUUCCCUUAUAAAAUAAACUAUCUUGUGCCUCGCAUGCAUGCUUCCUGUUUGCUUUUUUGCAAACUGGUUAAUUACUAGCGAGCACUUGAUAUUCUUCUAUGA